CAGCUCAGCAAUCUUAAGUAAUUUUUAGUCCACGGUCAGUCCAUGUCUUCAUUGGUCGACGUAUUUUCUGACAACAAAAGUGAACACGUGCUUUAAAUUGCAAUAAACUGUUCUAUCUUUUGGACUGAUCUUGUUACGAACAAAGAGGAUAUUGGUUAAGAUCAGGAAUUCCUCAGUAUCAAUAAAGGAUUUUGUUUACUGAACAAACUUGUAACGAUGGGUAUAUUUGGUAACUCCAAGGGGAAAAAAAGUAGCAAAAAACAAAGAAAACCUAAGCUAGUUGUGAAAACACGCAAGGAAUUACGUAAGGAAAAGAGGCAGCGGAAAAAGCAUAACAGGGCUGAAUAUUACGCAAAGAAGAAUCAGUUACCUGGAAAAUCAAUUUUGAAUCCUAAUCACGACAAACCAUCAGUAAAGUCUACGUUACCUCAAAGCACGAAUCAAAAUGCUACUCUUGAUGUUGCGAAGAAAAAACAGGAACAAGAAAAAAAACAACAGCUGCGACUAGAAAAAGAAAUGAAACGAAACAGAAAAAUUCAUCUGAAAGAAGCUAACAUUGCGGAAGAUAGGAUUAUCAAGCAGUUAGAAAAAAAUUUGAAACUAAACAAACGGAAGAGCAAAUCAGUACCAAAGUCUUUUGCAGCUGAUGGUCUUAGUUAUCUUCUAGAAAUGUGUGAUGAUGAGAACAGAAAACUUGCCGUCGAAACCGAAAAGCAAUUGCUAGCUGCAGAGUCAGGUUCAGAAUUAGAAGACGAUUUCAUCAUGAUCACAGAUUCCGCGAACAAAAAACAACAGGAAUUGUCUAGGAGUAAUGAAUCUGACAAUGACAAGAGUAAUAGCUCAGGUAAUUCCGAAGUUGAUGAGAAUAGUAGUGGUGAAGGGGAAUCAUCUUGUGCAAAGAAUAUGACUGAACAGCAGACGACUGGCAACAAUAAACGAAAAGCUGAUUCUGAAAAUGCAGUUACAUUUAUGCCACGCAAAAAAAUGUUAGCCAAAAUUAACUCUUCCAAUAGUGACACAGAGCCCUCUACGGGUGACAGUGAUCCUGACGAGGACGAAAUACUGGCUGAUGUGGAAUAUGAAACGGAUUCUGAAAAUCCCAAUGAAGGUGCUAAUGAAGAAUCCAAUCAGCUUUGGGAAGAUAUAUAUGGUAGAACGAGAGAUAAGCUAGGUAAUAUCGUAUCAAAUACUACUGGUAAAUAUGUUCCACCUGCGAUAAGGGAUAGACUGAAAAAUUCCGAUUCCUUAAAGGACGAAAAAUUGAUAAGACUCAAAAAACAAAUAAAAGGCUUAUUGAAUAGAUUGGCUGAACACAACAUGCAUAGUAUUGUCUCACAGUUGGAUGAACUAUACAUGUCCCACAGUCGUAACAACAUGAACGAAAUGUUGUUUACUCUGAUGAAAGAAUCUAUCGUUGCUCCAGUGCUGACACCAGAUCGCCUUAUUACAGAACACAUGAUGCUCAUAGCCAUCCUUCAUGCAAAUAUUGGAACGGAAGUUGGUGCGCAUUUUCUGUUAUCUUUAAUCAAAGAGUUUGACGAAAUGUUAAAAAGCUCACCUGAAGUUGAAAAUAAAGAGCUGGAUAAUAUCAUACUCAUGAUUUCACACCUGUAUAAUUUUAAGGUGUACGACUCUCAACUGUUGUUUCAAGUACUUACAAGACUAUCGGAAAAGUUCAUGGAAAAGGAAGUUGAAUUAAUUUUGCAUGUUCUGAAAACUGUGGGUUUUGUUAUGAGGAAAGAUAACCCAACUAUGCUGAAGGAGUUUAUAUUCAAGUUGCAACAAAAAGCUGCAGAUACGACUGAGAAUAGCUCCAGGGUUCAGUUUAUGUUGGACAUUUUGCUAGCGAUUAAAAACAAUAAUAUGUCAAAAAUCCCGCAGUACGAUCCAACGCAUGGUGAACACUUGAAAAAGCUUAUGAAGAGUUUAGUAAGGAAAGGAAACUAUGUGACCCAACUAAACAUAUCACUAGAUGAUUUAUUGAAAGCUGACCAAAGGGGUAAAUGGUGGAUAGUCGGAUCAGCAUGGUCAGGAAACACAGAUAUUGGAAAACCUAUUCAAAAGACUGACACUAACUUAACAACGUUUAGUCAAAAAAUAUUGGACUUGGCUCGCAAGCAGCGGAUGAACACAGACAUUAGAAGAAAUAUUUUCUGUGUUCUAAUGACUGCAGAAGAUUUCCUCGAUGCUUUUGAAAAGCUGCAUCAUCUAGGAUUAAAGAACCAACAAGACAGAGAAGUCAUUUAUGUAAUUCUAGAUUGUUGUCUCCAAGAGAAAAAAUUCAAUCCCUAUUAUGCUGUGCUGGCACAAAAAUUUUGUGACUACGACCGGAAAUACCAGAUGACGAUACAAUACACUUUAUGGGACAAAUUGAAGACUUUGGAUAAUUAUACAAACCAUCAACUGACAAAUCUUGCCAGAUUUUUAACUCAUUUAUUCAUUGAAAAAGGGCUUGCUCUCUCUGCCUUGAAGGUAAUUCAAUUUGGGGAGCUGGACAAACCUACCUUAAAACUCGUCAGACAAAUCAUGCUAGGAAUUCUUCUCCACGAAAAUACAGAUGCCUGUACACAAGUUUUUGAAAGAAUAUCACUGUCACCGCAGCUACAGAAUUUCCGAGAAGGUCUCAGAUUAUUUAUACGCCAUUUUCUUUUAAAAAAUAUAAAGGUUGGAAUAAUACCAGAGGCCGAAAUGGUUAAAUUAAAAGAAAGAGCUGAAAUUGCUGAAAAUACGCUCACAAAACAUGGAGUGAAGACAGUAUUUUAGAACCUCAUUGAGAAGUAUAUCAUUUAAUGUACGAAGGAAUUUGGUUUACUGCAGCAUGCACGGAGGACAGUUACCUGAGUGUAUUGGGUCUGGAUCUAUUCAAUGCAUGUUCUUUUCCAGCAAGAGUGAGUAAAAAAAAAAAAACACUAGUGCCUGCCCAGGAAAUUCUUGAACGCAGUAAUUUCUGUUAAGUAGGCACUAGGGGGAAAUCAUACUAAGUGCUGUUCAACGAAUUCGCUGUAACGCUCAACCUCAGAAAAAACGAACGCGCGUUGAAAUGUGUAAAUAAAAAAUAAGGUGGAAAAUAAUAUAAAAUAUUUAUAUGUUCGUUAUAUCGUUGUUUUGAAUUCUCACCCAACCUCACACGAAUUCUUGGACAUAUAAUAGGUUGCUAGAUGGUUAACACAAUAAGAAGCAUCGUCGGGGUUAAACUUGGGUAAAAAAAAAUUAAUUAUUCAACGGAAAUGAAAUCGAAUUAUCUUGAACUACGACCAUCAUAAGUAUAGCAUAAAAAUUUACG